AUGUUGAAGCGCAAGAUGGCCAGCUUCCAGGACCUCUGCCGCCACUUCAGGCCCCCGCCCAUCGACAGGCGCCACCUCAAGGCUCGCGGCAUAUCGGGGCUCCCGAGCGCGGGGCGGUUCUACGCUUGCCUCGUCGCGCUAUCGAUGGACUUCUCGCGGGCGCUGCGCCGCUGCCAGCCGGCCGCAGUCGCGGGGCACGUCGACAACUACCUGCCUGUCAGCAGCGACGAGGCGCAGGCCGACGAGUCGCUCGACCGCAUCGCCGUGGCGCUGGAGGCCGCAGGCCUGAUGGUGCACGCGCCCGACCGGGCCGCCGACGUCUGCGGCUCCCCGGGCGUGGAGCUCCGCCGCGGGCGCCAGCGUGCCAUCGAGGGCCGUUCGGUUUGGGGGGUGAAGCUCGCCGUCGGGAAGUUGCUGAGGCGCGUGCGCGCCUCGGGCCACCUGGCGCGCGCGCUGAUCGGGCACCUGACCUGGGCCUCGAUG